CUCCCUCCGGAGAGAGAGAGAGAUAGAGAGAGAGAGGGAAGGAGGGAACGAACUGAACGCGCACGGCGACACAUCUGGCGCUACGCUUCCUUUGGCUCCCAGCGCUCCUCGUACGCACGCACGCACGCACGCACGAACACGCGCGGUGCCGGGGCCGUGACGCCUCGCCGGCGGUGGGGAUGACGAGGCGGUGCUCGCACUGCAGCAACAACGGCCACAACGCGCGUACCUGCCCCGCCCGCUCCGGCGCUGGCGGCGGCGGAGGCGGCGUGAGGCUGUUCGGCGUGCACCUCACGUCGCCGCCGGUGGCCGCGAUGAAGAAGAGCGCGAGCAUGAGCUGCAUCGCGUCGUCGCUCGGCGGCGGCGGGUCCGGGGGCUCGUCGCCGGCCGUGGGGCCGGGGGGCGACGCCGCCAGGGGAGGCGGCGAGGGCGCGCCCGGGUACGUCUCCGACGACCCCAUGCACGCCUCCUGCUCGACCAAUGGCCGGGCCGAGCGCAAGAAAGGUACACCUUGGACUGAAGAAGAGCAUAGGUUGUUUCUACUGGGUCUGCAGAAGCUUGGCAAAGGAGACUGGCGUGGGAUAUCUCGUAGUUUUGUUGUCUCAAGGACCCCAACUCAGGUGGCCAGCCACGCCCAGAAGUACUUCAUUAGACAGACAAACUUCUCAAGACGGAAGAGGAGGUCAAGCUUGUUUGACAUGGUCCCGGAAAUGCCAAUGGAUGAGUCCCCCGAUGGCGCGGAAGAGUUUACGCUCUGCAGCACUCAAGAUGAAACAAGUAGUUCAAAUAAACUGUCGCUGUUUCAUCUUGGGCGACAGAAGGAAGCAGAGUGUGAUAAAGAUCUGCCAACUUUGCAACUAAGGCAGCACGAGGAAUCUGAAUACGGAGGGCCUUCAUUGGAAGCACCAGAUUUGGAGAUGAACAAUGGUGUAUCGUUCAAGGCCGCAUCUGUCUCGACAGUUCCAGCGUUCUACCCUUCAUUGCUCCCUGUUCCACUAACACUUUGGCCUGCGAACGUUUCUAAUGUGGAAGCAGCAAAUGCAAGCCAUGAAGUCCUAAAGCCCACUCCUGUGAAUUUAAAGGAGGCAAUUAAGGCGGAUGAGGUUGUCAGUAUGUCCAAGCUCAGCAUUGGUGGGGGUACCUCUGGCUCAAUGGAGCCUUCCGCUCUUUCCCUUCAGCUUACCGGGCCGACAAAUACAAGACAAUCAGCUUUUCAUGUGAGCCCACCAAUGACUAGAACUGACCUUAGUCAGGGAAACAACAGCCCAAUCCAUGCAGUUUGAAGAGUCAUGGAAUGGGCCUUCCUGGUCAAGUCUUACAGAUUGUAUUAAUGGUCCUGAUACUCUAUAAUGUUGCGUAAGCUCCUGCGCUUGUACUUUUGUACCGUAACAGCUUCUAAGCUAAUGUAUCACCAUCUUAUUUAUUUUUUCAUUAAUAAAGGUAGAGGUACACAUGUCAAUGAAAA